AUGUCGUCGUCUUCGAGCUCUAAGCAGAAUGCCGAUGCUCAGGCCAAGGACAAGUCCAAUGUCAAGGACACUGUUGAGGCACCUCCACUCGUCUACCUCACCAACAAGUGGAUCCAGGAGCUUGCACAGCGCAUCCGCGCUCGACCCAUCCCAUGGGAGGGCUAUCACCGCGCCGAUCUGCUCAGCGCCGAGGAGCUCAAGAUGAUCAAGAGCGUCGAUGCUAUCGUCAUUGGCCAGAAUCGUUCCAAGCUCGACCCUCUGCUGGACGAGCACGGUCCCGACUACGUCUCUCUAUACCUCCGUCUCCUGUCCAAACUCAGCCGCACCGAUACCCUCCAGCAGAUCCUCGUGCUCAUCGACGACAUGGUUUCCGACCGCGAUGACCGUCUCGAGCUCUUCCUUUCGCUCGACGGCCAGGAGGAGCAGGAUGGUAUCGGGUUCCCCUGGAAACCGUUUGUCAAGCUCCUCGAUGUUCCCGACGACUUUGUUCAGAUGAAAUCGGCCCAAUUUCUCACAUUACUCCUCGUCUUCUCCGCCACACACUCGGAACAGCCCAGCCCACCUGCGUCCGUGCUGCCUCGCCUCUUGACCUUCCUAUCCUCGCUUUUGCGUGGCGCUAACUCCAAAUCCGGCGCCAACAACUCCGGUCGUGCUCAGUCGGGCAACAGCAACGCAUCUCCUGCUUCCCGUCGAAUGUCGCCCGACUUUGCUGAAGGGAACGGACCCGAGAUCGCCCUCGUGCUACUCGAAGCACUUCUCCGAACUCAAAAGUACCGCGAGCAAGCCUGGGACUUUGAUGUCGCCAAGAUGGGCCAGACUGCAUCUUCAACGUCGGGCAAAGCUAAAGCUGUCAACGAGGAAGAUGGCGACAGCGAGCAGCAGCAGCAGCAGCAGCAGCAGCAAGACGAUGUCGACCGUGGAUUCCUGUCAGAGUUGGCCCACAUCUUGCGGCUCAGCAACGUACCCGCCAGCGGCUCGUCGUUCAACUCGAGCGCGACCUCGCCCGCCGGCUCUGGAUCCGCAACGCCUUCGCGUGCGCCCGCCUCGAGUGCCGCUAGCACGCUGGUCGCCGGUGCCAACAACGGCACCAACACCACGCGCGCGGGCACGCAGCUCAUCUACCAGGUGGUGCUGUGCUUCUGGCUGCUCAGCUUCAACAAGGACAUUGCGGCCGAGCUCAACGUCAAGUUGGGGCUCGUUCCUCUGCUGGUUGACGUGGCGCGCAAUGCGGUCAAGGAGAAGGUGACGCGUGUUACGGUGGCCACGUUCCGCAACUUGCUGGCGAAAGCGCCGGAUGUCAAUGCGCCCGUGAUGCUGGGCAGCAAGUGUCUGACGCUUGCCGAGAACCUGCUGUCGCGCAAGUGGUCUGACGAGGAGAUCGAGGAGGACCUCGAGUACAUCAAGGCCGAGCUGGCGGAGCGACUCAAGACCAUGACGACGUGGGACGAGUAUCUCUCGGAGCUGCAGUCGGGCCAGCUGACGUUCGAGAGCCCCGUGCACGAGCUCGACGACUUUUGGAAGGAGAACGCGCCCAAGUUUGUCGACGAGGACGGCAAGGUGCUGAAGCAGCUGGUGACCAUUUUGGACGAGAGCGAGGAUCCGACGACGCUCGCCGUGGCGUGUUCGGAUGUGGGCAAGUUUGUGCACUUCUUCGAGCAGGGCAAGAAGCGCGUCAGUGAUCUCGGCGCCAAGGCGAAAAUUAUGGCGCUGAUGGCCCAUCCGGACGCCAACGUCAAGUACCAUGCGCUGCAUACCGUGGCGAAGCUGGUUUCGGCUAGCUGGCGAUAA